AUGUCAUUAAUUCCAUUACCAGAAUCAUUGAAACCAUUUCUAGAUCCUUAUUUACCUACCCAACAAGUUACCACCAUUACCACCACCACCACCAACAACAACAACAACGACAACAAAUUGUUGAAACGUCCAUUUGUUACAUUAACAUAUGCACAAUCUUUAGAUUCUAAAAUAGCUGCUCAACCAGGUACACAAACCAAAUUAUCCCAUUUAGAAACUAAAACAAUGACACAUUAUUUACGAUCCAAACAUGAUUGUAUAUUAGUUGGUAUUGGAACAAUAUUAGCUGAUGAUCCUAAAUUAAAUUGUCGAUAUAUAGAACCAAUAAUAGACAAAGGAGUUGGAGUUGGAGUUGGGGUUGGAGUUGGUCAUCAAAUCAGACCGGUUGUAAUAGAUCCUCAUGGUAAAUGGCAAUAUCAUCAAAGUCAAUUAUGUCGAAUUUGUCAAACAACAACUAUACAACAACAGGACAAUAAGCAAAACACAUCACCUCCACCACCUCCACCUCCACCUCCACCACAAGCUGCUGGUUUAGCUCCAUUUAUUAUCAUUGAUGAAUCAACUAUACCUAAUGUUGAAUCGGAAAAAAUGGUGAAUAAACAAGGUGGGAAAUAUAUUAAAUUACCAUUAUUAUCAACUAUUAAUGUAUCAAUUAAUUGGGUAAAAAUUUUACAAAAAUUAUAUCAAUUGGGAUUAAAAUCUAUUAUGAUUGAAGGUGGAGCUAAAAUUAUUAAUGAUUUAUUAUCAAUUAAUGAUUAUAAACUUAUUGAUAGUAUAAUAAUUACUAUUGCACCAGUUUUUCUUGGUUGUAAUGGUGUUACAGUACAUCCUUAUCAUAAUAUUUUACUUAAAGAUAUUAAUUGGUGGACAGGAAUUCAAGAUAGUAUUAUAGCUGGUAGAAUUGAUUAUCAAUAA